AUGGUAUACGUUUGUUAUUGAGAACAAGAAAGGUAUCCCCUUGAAAAAGAAACCAAAGGAAGUCGAAAACCAGAAGAAGAAGAAGAGCUCGAAGUCGAAAAUGGAUGUAAUCAAGACGCAACAGAUCUCUUCUAAAGCCAUCGAGAAGGUGGUUGUUCAUCCGUUGGUACUUCUCAGCAUCGUCGAUCACUACAAUCGUGUUGCUCGCGACACUAAGAAGCGCGUCGUCGGUGUUUUGCUAGGCAGCACUUUCAAGGGUACCGUCGAUGUUACCAACAGUUACGCCGUUCCCUUUGAGGAAGAUGACAAGGACCCCAGCAUUUGGUUUCUUGAUCACAACUACCAUGAAUCUAUGUUUUCCAUGUUUAGGAGAAUUAAUGCAAAGGAGCAUGUUGUAGGUUGGUAUAGCACUGGUCCUAAGCUUCGGGAGAAUGAUUUGGAUAUCCACAGAUUAUUUAACGACUACGUCCCAAAUCCUGUCUUGGUGAUCAUUGAUGUACAACCAGAAGAGCUGGGAAUACCAACCAAAGCUUAUUAUGCUGUUGAAGAGGUCAAAGAGAAUGCAACACAGAAGAGCCAGAAGGUAUUCGUACACGUUCCUUCUGAAAUUGCUGCUCAUGAAGUUGAGGAAAUUGGAGUGGAGCACUUGCUUAGAGACGUGAAGGAUACAACCAUCAGUACUCUAGCAACAGAGGUGACUGGGAAACUUGCAGCACUCAAGGGGCUAGAUGCUCGUUUGCGAGAGAUUCGUAGUUAUCUUGAACUAGUUAUAGAGGGAAAACUCCCACUCAACCAUGAAAUACUGUACCAUUUGCAGGAUGUGUUCAACCUUCUCCCUAAUCUUAGUGUUCCUGAGUUGGUCAAGGCUUUUGCAGUCAAAACAAAUGACAUGAUGCUGGUUAUAUAUCUGUCUUCUCUUAUCCGAAGUGUGAUCGCUCUCCACAACUUGAUUAACAACAAGAUGCUCAACAAGGAGCAUGAGAAGGCAGAAGACUCGAAGCCCUUAGCUGUACCUGCUGCAGUAGGGAGCUAAAUUCAAGAAUCCUAGCACAGUUAAUGAGCUUCAGGAAGAGUACAGAUCUUGCUUUCACUGCUAUAUCUAGAAUUUGGGAUGAAAUUUGCUUACAUGUGCCUAGUUAGUCUUUGCUUUGCAAAGUUGGGACUUGGGAAGGCAGUUCAAUUACCCAUUGCAUGAGUUGAAGAGACAAAUCAGAUAUUUUUUUAAAUGUGUUAGAUGUUUGAAAGAUGCCAUUGUUUUCAUCUGUUUCAUUGUACCUCAUCUUGAGAUGCUGCUGCAUCUUUCAUGUUCGGUAGCUUGAUUACAAUGACAUUCAUGUGCUCGCUCUUGCAGUUUUUAUGCUGCGCAAGUGCUGUGUCAACAUAAAUUAUGUAAUUUAUUUACUAAGGUCUCCAGCCUGGAGCUACUAACAUUUUCAUGCAAGACUUAAUUAAAGAUGAGGUAUGUAUUCAUAUAUUUGAGCUAUAAUGCAGAAAAUUUAUUAAUAA